AUGGCACUCCACACCCUCGCCAGGGUCAGCCUGGACGCCUACGACUACGAGGAGGCAGAGAAGCUGGCCAAGCAGGCCGUGGCCAAGUUCCAGGCAGCGAAGAGUCGCCAGGGCGAGGACGCCAUUGACGAGGUCGACAAAGCGAUCAAGAAUUUUGCAGCUGCCAGCGAAAAGGUCGGAGAGGCGGCGGCGCUGAUAACGAAGGCAACCAUCCAGCUGUUCAAGGGCUCCCUCGAAGAGGCGGACAAGUUCGCGAAGCAGGGCGUCGUCCUCCUCAAGCAGGUGACCAAGCCCGCGUCUCAGGCCCGAGAGGCCGACGCGCUCUUCCUGACCGCCGCGGCAGCCAUCCCGCUGCGGGACGAGACGACUGCGGUGAAGGCGGCGAAAGCUGCUUACGCCAUCCAUCAGGAGUACAUCGGGGGAAAGAAGGGCCUGGCAGUCGCGACGCGCGCCUUCGCCUUCUGCAGCCUGGCGGCUGGCCGGCUGGUGGAGGCUGGCCAGCUCAUGGGCGAGGCAAUCGCCCUGGCCGAGCAGCUGGGGGAGAGCCACAUCAAGGCCACGGUCUUUGGCACCGGUGCGGUCGUGUUCCGCGUGCUGCUCUGGGCGGUCAAGACGCAGAGGGAUCAGCCCACGGCUGCAGGCAUACUGCCGCCAAACUUUGUCCUUCCUUCUGUCCAGGGCCCCUCUGUGAACGGUGGGCGGCUGAAGGACCCCGACGCUUACGCAAGCGAGGCGCUCUCCAUGGGAACGCAGGCGAGGGACUUGUAUUUGGAGGCCGGCGACGCGGUGGCGGCUAGCCUGACCAAGGUCGAAAUCGCUCAGCUGCACGCGGUCCAAGGCACGUGCCAGGAGGGGCUGGAUUCGGCGCACUCGGCCCUGGAGGACUUUGAGGCCAGUGGCGAGGUGGCCGGGCAGGCCAUCGCGCAUCUCACCCUGGCUGAGCUGCACUACGAGAUGGGCAAGGUGGAGCUGGCCAUCGGGGCCGCCACGAGGGCGCAGGAGCUCUUCAAGGAGUGCGGUGGCGCCCGCGACGGCAGCGAGGCCGCGACGGAUCUGGUGAGACUCCUCGGGGAGACGUACAAAACGCUGCAGGCGCGCGAGUACUGGACGACACUGGAGACCCUCGAGUACAAAGGGCCGGACUACGUUGCUGGAGCCAUCUCUCCUGUGACGUACGCCCAGCUCAUCGGGCGGCAGUGCCGAGUCCCCGACAGCCCGGUGGAGAUCGCGUUCGAUAUGCCGAGCAUCGAGUGGAUGGGCAUGACGCUGGGCGUCAACAUGCCCUUCCUCCGGCCCGAGGGCCACACCCUCCCCAAGGGGCAGUUCGCCCCCCCGAAGCCUGGCGAGAGGGCGCCGGGGGACGGCCCUGGCGGCCCUGGCGGGGCGCGGGCGGAGCUGGGCUCCAUGGCCCGCCCGUUGCCGAGCGGCGCCAUCAUGGCGAUGCCCCAGGCGGCCCCCAAGCCGCAGGUGGUGGGCAAGGACGCGCUUGGAGGUCGGCUGCCCGACAUACCCGAGGAGCUGCACUCCGCGAUGCUGGACUUUGUGAAGGGCGGCGGUAUCCCAGUCACCAGCUGCGAGGCCAGGUCGAGAUACUGCCGCAAGCGGCCCACUUUCUACGGCCCAGAAGGCUGGAAGCUGGCGGUGCGAUUCGGCUACGUGCACCCUGAGAUUCCGGCGCCCAAGGGAUGGAAGUGGCAGAGGCAAGGGACGGGCUUCAAGUUGAUCGAGCUCUGA